AUGUCAAAUGUAUGGAUAUGUGAAUUGUUAUCAUUAGUAACAUUGUUGGUUUCAUAUAAUGUCUUUGUGUGUGAAUGUCAAGAUCCCGAAGCUCUGCCUAAAGAAGCUGAAGACUGUAACGGAGUUUUCAUUUCGUAUGAUUUGCUUGAUCGAAGGAAGGAAUUCCCUCGCGUAAAGAAUGUGACAGCACAAUCUUGGGCCUUUAAUGCAACUGCAAAAGUUCUCAACACAGGAAAAGAUGUUGUUAAAUCAUGGAAAUUGUUCAUAGGAUUUCAACAUCAUGAAAUCCUUGUCUCUGCUUCUGGUGGUAUUCCAUUCGAAACCGGUGACUUUCCAGCUUCUGUUGAAAAUGGGACAACCUUAGUUGGAAGUUCUCUUCCUGAUUUGGAAAGUUCCAUCAACACAGCCCAUGAUUUGUCCCAAAUUCAAGCUUUGAUUCAAAUUGCUGGUACCCAAUUUGGGGUUAGGCCACCUGGAAUUCCCAUGCCUAAAAGCAUCAAGUUGGAAAAUGAUGGAUAUAAGUGCCCCCAACCAAGUGUAAGAAAGAGUUCCAUGUUUGCAUGUUGUAAAAGCGACCCAAAUUACAAGUCAAAACUUUUGAAGACAAAAUUGUUGCCACGUCAAAAAGGUGAUCUAACCAUAACCUAUGAUAUUCUUCAAGCAUAUGACAACAACUAUAAUGUUGAAGUAACCAUGGAAAAUCAUAACCCUUUAUCAAGGUUAGAUCGUUGGAACUUAACAUUUGAAUGGACAAGAGGUGAAUUCAUAUACUCAAUGAAAGGUGCUUUCACACGUGAAAUGGAUUCUUCAAAAUGCAUCUAUGGUAUUGCUGGACAAUAUUACAAAGACAUGGAUUUCACUAAAGUCACUAAUUGUCAAAAAAAUCCUAUAAUCAGUGAUUUGCCUCCUGAAAAAUAUAAUGAUACUGAAAUUGGUAAAAUACCAUUUUGUUGUAGAAAUGGUUCUCUUUAUUCUAUAAUCAUGGAUCCAUCACUAUCCAUAUCUAAAUUUCAAAUGCAAGUGUUUAAAUCUCCACCUGAUUUGGAUAAAAAAUCACUUUUCCCACCUGCAAGAUGGAAAAUUAUGGGAGUACUUAACUCAGAUUAUACUUGUGGGCCACCUUUGAAAGUUGAACCGUCACAAUUUCCAGAACCUAGAGGACUUGAGGCUACUGUUUUUGCUAUUUCUACUUGGCAAAUUGUUUGCAAUAUAUCGAAACCGAAACAGAGGAAAACUAGAUGUUGUGUCACUUUCUCUGCAUACUAUAAUGAUUCUGUUGUUCCUUGUAACACAUGUGCUUGCGGUUGUGAUAACGACGAUGGUUAUUAUGAUGGAAAAAAAAAUCAUCGGUGUGAUCCGAACGCUAAAGCAAUGCUACUUCCUUCGGAAGCUCUUCUUGUACCAUAUGAUAAUAGAACACUAAAAACAAUUGCUUGGGCUAAGUUAAAGCAUUUUCGCGUACCGAAAAAAUUACCAUGUGGAGAUAACUGUGGAGUUAGCAUAAAUUGGCAUAUAGUUUCGGAUUAUAAAGGUGGAUGGAGUGCUAGAAUUACUCUUUUCAAUUGGAAAUCUUUUCAAUUUAAGGAUUGGUUCACUGCCUUGCAGUUCAAGAAAGGUGCUUCUCGCGGGUUUGAGAAAGUUUAUUCUUUUAAUGGUUCAUUCCUUUCAAAAAUCAAUAACACUAUUUUCAUGCAAGGAGUGUUGGGAUAUGGAACAAAUUAUUUGAUAGGACAAGACAAUGAUACCAAUCCAAAGAUUCCUGGAAAACAACAAUCUGUUAUUUCUUUUACCAAAAAAUUUACACCAGAGAUGAAAAUUGCAAAAGGAGAUGGGUUCCCUUCAAAGGUAAUUUUCAAUGGAGAGGAGUGUUCUAUUCCUACUCAAUUUCCAAUGCAAAGUGGAAAUCGACAUAAUGUAUAUUUAGUACAAGAAAUCUUAGCCUUAGUUUUAGUUUUUACAAUGAAUCAAAUAUUGUUUUAG